GACAUUGACAGCUGUCACACAAGCAGGCGAGGCACUGCCACGACGCUUAUGACAGUUACAUAUAAUUUUGUUUUCAUUUCGCGGCAUGUAUCGUUAAAUUGUUUAAAUACGAAUAUUUACGACUUUACAGCUUAUUCCAUUUGUAAAUAGUUCGGUAUAGCUUGUUUUACACGCGGUUUAUUUAAUUUAUUCACAAUGGGUGAUUAUCCGGACCCUGACGAAGAGUACGAGCUCAUGUACGCUGAUGAGCUGGAAAUGCUUCGUGAUGACGAAGAUAGUUCAGAUCACAAUGUAGUCAAGAAAAAACCAUUACCAGCUAAAAGAAGUCUGGAUUUCUCUAGUCCAACAGUAAAAAAGCAUCUGCCUACUUUCGCUAGUCAAAAUGUAGAAUCAGAAAACAUACAUGGUAUAAACUCACUGCCUUUAAGCCAGCCUACACAAAUUACACCUGUGAGUUCAAGUAAACGGACAGUAGAGGAUUUAUUUGGGGAUAUAGGGGAUAUAGAAGAUGAUAUUUUAUUACCUAGUAAGAAGCAGAAAACUGAAGAGGAAGAAGAUGAGGAGCUAAUUAUAAAGAUUCUAGAAGGUCGGAGACUGCGGCAGAUGCUUCUGGAGCCUUCUAACAGGCUUCAGGGUGAGGCGAAGCCCAACUUUAAUGUGAAAGAUAAUAUUUCUUUGGAUAUACCAAGAUGGGCUUUCAUGCCCCUAACCAACUCUGACGGAGACAUGUUUUAUGUAAGGUUAGAGUCUGAAGACUCAUGGGAGCAGUCACUGGAGAUGACGGAAGAGAGUGUCUCUCUGCAUGUCAACUAUGCAAACACAUGGACCGAGGCUCGGAAACUUGUAAGUAUGCAUCUAAUGUGCCAGCGCAAGAACCAUUCCUAGUCACAAUAACCUAUAUCAUAUGGAGUGUGGAUUUAAAAGGAGUGAAAUCUCUUAUAGUAGAACUGGUGCAAAAGUGUCCAGCUGUCAGCUAUAAAUAAUAGUUCCAAAUCUCUCCAUAGUAGCGCUAGGGUAACUAAGAACCUAGGCGUUAUUGAAGGAGUAAAGUGCACUGUC